UCUGCGUUCUACCAUCUCUCGGGAGUGCUGCCUGUAGAUCAGGCUCUUAAUCUGCUGAAGUCAGCGAUAGAGAAGCAGUACCAUCACAAAGGACCCAAGGUCAUCGAGAAGAACUUCCAAGCCGUCGACGCUGCGAUUCACAGUCUGAAACGCAUCGAGUACCCGGUCGAGAGCUGGAAGAACGUCCAGUCCGGCGGCUCGAAGAAAUCCAAGGAGGACAUGGCCGGAGUUAACCCCUUCAUCACAGACAUCAUGGAACCGGUAAGAGAGAGGUCUGCGUUCUAUCACCUUUCGGGAGUGCUGCCUGAGGAGCAGGCUCUCACACUGUCUCUACAUUCUGCGUUCUACCAUCUCUCGGGAGUGCUGCCUGUAGAUCAGGCUCUUGAUCUGCUGAAGUCAGCGAUAGAGAAACAGUACCAUCACAAAGGACCCAAGGUCAUCGAGAAGAACUACCAAGCCGUCGACGCU